GCUGCUGGACUGGUGCUAGCUGUACCGUGAACGGGCGUUGUUGUUACAUCGUCUGCCAUUUUGAUCAGAAGUACUUGAGCGCGCAAUAUACUGGUGUGAACUGGCUCCUCGGGAGAUAUCGCUGUACUUUAAAUCAAGGCUACAUUGUUUUAGCCAAAAUGCUUUCUGCAGCCCAGUUACUCGAUGAGUUAAUGGGCCGAGAUAGAAACUUGGCCCCUGACGAGAAGCGAUCAAACGUGCGAUGGGACGACGAGAGCGUUUGUCGAUACUAUCUGUGUGGCUUCUGCCCAGCUGAGCUAUUCACAAACACCCGCUCUGACUUGGGACCUUGUGAGAAAAUCCAUGAUGAGAAUCUCAGAAAAAUGUAUGAGAAGAGCUCUCGGUUCAUGAAGGAGGGCUAUGAGCGAGACUUCCUGCGCUAUCUGCAGUCGCUCUUGGCUGAGGUGGAGCGGCGGAUUCGUAGAGGGCAUGCCCGGCUUGCGCUUUCCCAGGCGCAGCAGAAUGCAGGGGGUCCUGGUCCUUCAGGAAAGAAUGAGGAGAAGAUUCAGGUUCUAACAGAGAAGAUUGAAGACUUAGUUGUUCAGAUUGAGGAGCUGGGGUCGGAGGGCCGAGUGGAGGAGGCCCAGGGAAUGAUGAAGCUGGUGGAGCAGCUGAAGGAGGAGAGGGAGCUGCUCAGCUCCACCCCCUCGACCAUUGAGAGCUUUGCAGCCCAGGAGAAACAGAUGGAGGUGUGUGAGGUGUGUGGGGCCUUCCUCAUCGUAGGUGACGCACAGUCCCGAGUGGACGACCACUUGAUGGGCAAGCAGCACAUGGGCUACGCCAAGAUCAAAUCCACGGUGGAGGAGCUCAAGGAGAAACUACGUCGCCGCUCAGAGGACCCCCAAGGUGAAAACCCGGCGCUCAGGAGGGACAGAGAAGACCGGGAGCGCGAGAGGGAGGAAAGGGAGAAAAAGCGCAAGGAGGAGGAAGAGAAGGAGAAGGAGCGGGAGAAAGAACGCGAGAAAGAGAGGGAACGAGAGCGAGAGCGGGAGCGUGAGAGGGAGAGAGACAGAGAACGGGACAGAGAACGAGAUAGGGACAGGGACAGGGACAGGAGGGCGCGCCGAAGCCAUUCCAACAGCCGCCACUCCAGUCGGGCAUCGGACAGGAAAAGGAGCAGAUCCCGUGAUCGCCGGAGGUCCAGGAGCAGAGACAAGGACAGGGAGAGGGACCGGAAACGCAGCAGGAGUCGGGACAGAGACAGGGAGAGGAGGCGCAGCCGUGAGCGCUCUGACAGAAAGCGUCGCUCCCGCAGUCGUGACAGGAGGCGGUCACGCAGCUCAGAGCGCAAAUCUCACCGCCAUCGCAGUCGCAGCAAGGACAGGGACAGAGAGAAGGAGAGAGACAGGGACAGAGAACGGUCAUCCAAAGACAAAGACCGUAAGGCGACAGAGGAGAGGAGCAGCUCUAAGAAAGACAAGCACUCUAAUGGCGACGCGGCGGCUAUCAAGGCUUCAUCAGAAGCGGAACCGAUGGAGACAGAGGCGGCUGCCUCUGCCUCCUCCCCCCUGCUCAAUGGCCAGCAAGAGCUCUUCCAUUCUGAAGGUGACACUCAGUCCAAUUAAAACUGAUCUGAUAGGACCUCAGAUCAGGCUCAGGGGAAGCUGGGAUAUCUGGUGGAGGAAGAAGCAGAAGAGCGCACCCAUCCUUACCCUGAACCUGACACGUCGCUGCUUAAAAACAAGGUGAACCACAAAUGUGUAGUGGCUUAUUUAAAAACAUGAACAUACAUGUGUAAAUGAGGGGAGAGGGAAAAAAAAAAACAAUACAUUGAUUUUCAUGUUACCAUUACCUGUCUAUCUUUUGACUGGAUGAGGGUAGUUGUGGUUCAUCUGAUGUAUUUCUUGGUCUAGAUGUCAGCCAGGCAUCACUAUAAAUACCAAACCUAGAGGAGAAUUUCAGUAUCAGUUUUUGUUUUCUUAUUUUGAAAAUCUUUACACAUCCUCCUUGUUUCUUGGCAUUUAGUGAAAAAUGAAAUAAAAACAGUGCUUGUGGUUUGUUUUGGUUUGUCAGGUUCCACUUCACUUCCUGACCUCCUUUUCAGUUGAAAGCGUAUGUACAAUGUUAGACCCAUAAUAGAGGGCGUGUCUCUUUUCUCCUCCACUUAGAGCUCACAUUGAUUGCUCUUGUCCCCUUACUGUAAAAUAUAUUGAUUUAAUUUUGAUCAAAAGAUUUUGAAGACUGAAGAUUUGUUUAAUUUUGCUCUGCUUUUAAUGUUCAUGUUGUCUUGAUGAAUAAAAAGUAAAAACUU